AUGUGGCCAGGCAGUCGUUGGUAUAAUUCUAGACUCUACAUGCGGUCUUUGUUCUCAUCCUGUGGCAGUAGCGAUACUUGUUGUUUUCGCAUUCGCGGCAGCAUGCGUAAGCAGGAGGACGGACAUGCGGUCAGCAAGUCGUUGGUUAAAUUCCAGCAACAUUCCGGCAAGAGGCUCUCAGGCGCUCAGGAACCGCCGCUUAACCGCUCAGGCGUUCAGGAGCCUCCGCAAAUCGCUCGCGCGCUCAGUAGCCUCUGCAAGGUUGUUCAGGCGCUCGUGAGCCACUGCGGAGCGCUCAGGCGCCCCGAUGUCUCUGCAAAGCGCCCAGGCGUUCAGAUGCUUCUGCAAAGUGCCCAGGCGCUCAGAUGCUUCUGCGAGGCGCUCCGGCGCUCAGAUGCCUCUACGACGCGCCCGGGCUUUCUGAAGCCAUUGCAGGGCGCUUUGGCGGUCUCUUCCGCAGAGCGCCCAGGCGCUCAAAAGCUUUUUCACGGCGCCAUGGCGUUCAGAAGCUUCGAUGGAAACUCGGGCGCUCAGAAGCUUCUGCAAAGCCCCCAGGCGCUCGGAAGCCCGUGCAGAACGUUCAGUCGCUCAGAAACCUGCGCAGAGCGCUCAGGCGCUCAGAAGCUUCUGCAAUGCUCAGAAGCCUCUGCAGAGCGCGCAGGCGCCCAGAAGUCUUCCUCAGAACGCCCUUUGUCCCAGAUGCUUCCGCAGAGCGCUCCGGCGCUCAGGCGAUUUUGCAAAUCGCCCCGGCGCUCAGAAGCCACUGCGGGGCGCUCAAUCGGGCGCAAUUUUCUAGAGAGCGUCCAGGCGAAUAACAGUUUCUGCAGAACGCUCGGGCGCUCGCAAGCCUCUGCAGAGCGCUCAGGCGCUCGGGAACUGUUGCAAAGAGCUCGGGCGAUCAGAAGCCUCUGCAGAACGCACAGGCGCUCAGAAGCUUCUGCAGAUCGCUCAGGCGUUCAGAAGCCUCUGCGCAGCGCCCAGGCGUUCAGAGGUUGUUGCAGCACGCUUAGGCGCUCAGAAGUUUCCGCAAAGCGCCCAGGCGCUCAGAAGCCACUGAAGGGCGCUCAGGCGGUCACAAUCCUUUGCAGAGCUCCUGCGAAGCGCUCAGGCGCUCAGGAGCCUCUGCGUAGCGCCCAGGCGCUCAGAUGCCGCUCGGGCGCUCAGAAUCCUUCGCGGAGCUCCGCGCCCAGCUGCCUCUGCAGAGCGCUCCGGCGCUGA